AUGCACUCCCCAGGAAUUCCACAUACACUGACCAAGAGCUCCUGGCUGCACAGAGAAGGGAACAUGGCAGCCUGGCCCUUCCUCCCGCGGGGGAAAGCCUCUGAUCCAACUCUGUUCCAAACAACGCUAGUUGCUUUUCUGAUAGUAACUGUUCUUGGUGAUUGUGGACCUCCACCCAUUUUACCGUUUGCUUCUCCAAUCAACCAGUUGUAUGAGACAAAGUUUGAAACUGGAGCUUCUGUGAAAUAUACCUGCAAACCUGGCUUCAAGAUAGUCAGUUCAAAUCACCUCACCUGUGCUGUGAAUGGUGCAUGGAUCUAUAAUGUCUUCUGUGAAAAGAAACAAUGUAGAAAUCCAGGAGAGUUAAUCAAUGGGAAAGUGGAAAUUGUGACUGAUCUUCUUUUUGGUUCUGUCAUUAAAUUCAGCUGCUCAAAGGGCUAUCUCCUAAUUGGGUCAGCAACUAGUCAGUGUGAGAUCCGAGGAAAUGGAACUGACUGGAGUGACUCUCUCCCAGAAUGUUUAGCUAUCAAGUGUGACUCCCCACCAGCCAUCAUGAAUGGGAAGCACAGUGGUGGACACAGAGACUUCUACACAUAUGGCUCCGUGGUCACCUACAAGUGUGAGUCCGACUUCUCACUCAUAGGCAAUGCCUCCAUUUCCUGUACAGUGGUGAAUAAAACAAUGGGAGUCUGGAGCCCAAGUCCUCCCACCUGUGAAAAAAUCACCUGUCACCCACCACAGAUUGCAAAUGGAGCCCUUAUCUCUGGAUUUGGACCUUUAUAUACUUACAAGGACUCUAUAGUGAUCAAAUGUAAGAAAGGCUACAGACUCAACGGUAGCAGUUUAAUCCUCUGUGAUACUAACGGCGAAUGGUAUCCUUCCAUCCCCACCUGCGAACACAGUGGUUGCACUACCUUGCCAGACAUCCCUUUUGCUUCCUGGGAGAAAAAUAUUCUUACCCUGAAGAAUCUGGAUGGAUUUGAAGUUGGGACUGAGCUGAAAUACCAGUGCAAGCCUGGAUAUCAACCAGCUCCCAGUGAGGCUCAGAUUAUAACUUGCCAGGAAAACAGGACAUGGACACUUUCCAAGGGGUGUGAGAGGGUGUGCUGCCCAACACCAGAUCUGGAGAAUAUCAAAAUCAUAAGUGAAAGGAAAGAUUUCUCUAGUAUAUGUACCUAUGCCUAUGGAGACUAUGUUUACUAUAUGUGUGAGGAAGGCUAUUACCCUAUAUCUCCUGAUGGCAGGAGUUUAUGCCAAGUAGAUGGCAUGUGGAACCCUGUAAUACCAUUAUGUCAGCCGGGUGUGUGUCUAAAACCAGAAAUAAAACAUGGAAAGCUGUCUGUGGAGAAAAAUCAUUAUGUUGAAAUGGAAAAGCUAACUCUUCGCUGUGAUUCUGGCUAUGAUAUAGUUGGUCCCCAAAGUAUCAUUUGCUUACAGAACAGAACCUGGUAUCCUGAGAUACCCACAUGUGAAAAGGAGGUUCUGAAAGGCUGUGAACAAGUACAAGCAGGCAGAAAACUCAUGAAAUGUCUCCCGAGCCAUGAGGAUGUGAAAAGGGCCUUGGAGGUAUAUAAGCUGUCUCUGGAGAUUAAACAAUUGCAAGAAGAGAAUAAUAGAUGGGAAAAUACCCAGAAGAAAUUUCAUAAAGAUGAAGCUAUAAAGGAGCCAUUUCUACCUUUAAAUCAAUAUACAGAAUCUCCACUCAGUAAUAAUUCUUACACUUAG